AUGGCAGUCUCUUGCCAGGCAGACACGGAGCUCCGGGACCUGGAUGAGGAGCAGCUCUGGGAGAUUCUGGAGAGCCAUCGCUACCGGAUCGUGCGCAGCACCUGCCCGAACCGGCUCACCCCCUACCUGCGCCAGGCCAAGGUCCUGGACCAGCUGGAUGAGGAGGAGGUUCUGCAUGGCCCCCAGUUCACCAACAGCGCCAUGAGAGUGGGCCACAUGUUGGAUCUUCUGAAAACCCGGGGGAAGAACGGAGCCUUGGCCUUCCUGGAAAGCCUGAAACUUCACAACCCCGACACCUACACCCUGAUAACUGGCCUGGAGCCCUCCAUUGACCUCAACAACUUCAGUGGCCUGAUCGAGACCUCCAAGCUGACCGAGUGCCUGGCGAAGGCCGUGAACAGCUUGCAGGAGGAGCUGACCCAGGAGAAGCACCAGAAGGCGUCUCUGCUGCACCACUGCCGCCAGCUGAAGGACCGCGUGCCCCAGCUGGAGGCCCAGAACAAGUGUCUGCGGGGCAUCGAGGCCGAGCACAACCGCAUGAAGAGGGAGGUCAGCUCCCACUUCCACGAGGUGCUGAAGCUGAAGGAUGAGAUGUACAACCUGUCCAUGCACUACACCAACGCCCUGCAGGAGAAGGACCUGGCCAUCACGCGGAGCCAGGGCCUGCAAGAGGAGCUGUAUCUGAUGAAGCAGGAGCUGCAGCGAGCCAGGGUGGAGACCUACUACGAGAGGGAGAGGUCCCUGCGCAUGCCCAGCGACCUGCAGCCACAGGCGGAUGAGCUGCUGCAGCUGAGGGAGGAAAACGAGAAGCUCCGGUCACUGGUGGAGCUGGAGACUUUCAGCCUGGUGCAGAAGGAUAUCCUGGAGCAGAACCUGGAUGAGGCUCUGGAGGGCAAACAGGAGCUCCUCAAUCGAAUCCACUCGCUGAGGGAGCAGGCAGUGAUCGCUGAGAAUCAGCGCAAGCAGUACUGGGAGGAGAAGGAGCACACCCUGAUUGAGUGCCACAAAAUGAAGGUGGAUUGUGAGAUCUACAAGGAGAAAAUCAGUGCCUUGCAGGGGCAAGUGGCCGAGCUGCAGAAGGAGCGAGAUCAGGCGUACUGCGCGAGGGACGCGGCCCAGCUGGAGAUCUCCCAGAACCUGCUGGAGAAGGAUUCCCUCCGCAGGAAAGUGUUUGAGCUGACGGACCAGAUCUGUGAGCUGAGGAAGCAGGCCAGGCAGCAGCAGGCGGAGCUGGGCAGCAGGGUGCACGGGGUGAAGGGGGAAGGUCUCGCUAGCCUGGAGCCGGGGGAGCAGUGGCCAAAGAGGAAACAGCGGCUGGUGCGCAUGCAUGCCAUCUGCCCCGGGGACGAGAGCCAGGGCAGCCUCAGCGUGUCCGAGCUGUGCUCAGAUUUCGGCGUGAGGACGAGCCACGAACUGCCAGAGAGCUUCCGGUCGUGCAGCCCUGUCCCGCCCUGUAAACUCUCCCUGCAGAAGAGAGCCACGCAGGAGUGCCUAGAGAGCUCCCUCUCCACGAGCAGCUCCCAGGAGUUCCUGGAGGUGGAUUUCAGUCUCAUUGCAGGGGAGAAGGCGGAGUCGUCCGACUUGGAGUAUGAGAUGGUGGAGAAGGACGAGGGCAAUGCCCAGCCGCUCGACUUAGACCCGUCUGCCUCUGAGAGCACACCCAUUCGCCGGCGGCCCGCACGGCGCAUCCUGAGCCGCAUCACCACCAUUGCCUUCCACGGCACUGCCCUGCUGGAGCAGAUCAGCAUCAUCGGGGGCAACCAGACGGGCAUCUUCAUUCACAGGGUCACUCCCGGCUCAGUUGCCGACGAGAUGUCUCUGUUCCCAGGCAAUCAGAUCAUGGUGGUGGAUUAUGAAGUCACAGACCCAGCAUUCAAGGCCAUCCUGGAAGAUGCAACCCUGGAGGAGGCGCUUUGGGUCCUGAAGAGGGUGAAUGGCUUCUGCUGCCUGUCUGUCAGAAUGAACAUGGAGGGUUACAAGAGGCUGGUGAGUGACCUAGAGAACAAGGUGGUGACCUCGGGUGACUCGUUCUACAUCCGGGCCAACCUGGCCCUGGAAGGGAAGGCAGCGGGGGAGCUGCCGGUGCAGUGCAAUGACAUCCUCCACGUCACAGACACCGUGUUCCGGGGCGAGAGCCAGUGGAGUGCCUGCCGGGUGAAUCCCUACAGCAUGAAGGACAUGGACGCAGGCAUCGUCCCCAACUACUACCAGGCUCAGCAACGGCUCAUCGGCCUUAUCCAGGACAUGGCCCAGCAGAGCACGUCUGCUCGGAAGUCUUCAGGGGGGCAGCCAAAGCUGGUGCGGAUCAUCAGCACAGACAAGAGCAAGAUCAACCCUCUGUGGUCGUCCAUUGACUGUAACGUCUAUGAUCCCAACAAGGCGGACGGUGCGUUGUUAGCUAGAGCUGCAGGGAGCUGCUUCACGCUGAUGCCGUACACGCUGGUGAGACCCCACAAGCUGGCCCAGCUGCGCCCUGUUCUCUUUGUGCCCACACUGCUGGGGAAGAUCCUGAGCGACAAGCUGUGCCUCACCAAGGGCUUUGAGAAAUGCCCGUCAGGCCUCCUGUGUGAGGCUGAAUGCACGGCCCAGAACAGAAGCUUGGUCCGGGAAAAGGGGGAGCCGGACAGCCGCUGCUGUGUCACACGCCAGGCGCUUCAGCUGCUGCUGGAGAAGGACGUGCACAGCCUGCUGGACGUGGGUCUGGAGUGCAUGCGAGCCCUGCACGCCGCGGGGAUCUAUCCCAUCCUCCUCCUCGUCUCCAUCAGCGAGAAGAACGCCAAGAAGCUCAAGAAGGCACUGCAGCGUCUCGGAGCGACAGAGGAGCAGCUUCUGGACUGUGUGCGGAGGGAGGAGGCCCAGCUGGAGAAAGUGCCCUGCCUGUACGGCACCAUAGCCCCCAACACCUGGAGCGACCUGGAUGCGCUCGUCAGCGCCGUGCGAGCAGCCGUCGCCAACGAGCAGAAGAAGAUCGUGUGGAUAGAACAAGAUCUUCACUGA